AUCGUGGUUUUGUACGUAAAGAACGAAAUCUGCUAAAUAAUUAUUUAAGUUCAUUAAUUGUGUUUUAAAAUAAAUUUUUAUAUCGUAAUUUAGUAGCUAGUACCUGUAAUUAUUUAAAUACGUUUACGUAUGAUGAGUAACAAAAAUGUUGAAUUUUCGAACUCGCAGAACUUGCCAGCCGAGAGGCUAUUGCUGUCGGUGUCGGAUUCGGGCGUUGUGCGACAAAUCAAAGCGUUGGACCCAUAUUGGGUGGAAUCAAGAGAGAUGAUAGUGUAUGAGAGCCCUCCGUCGGGCAGUGGAUUGGUUCUUGGUGCUGUAGAUGCAUGGAAGACUCGAAUGGAGGGAUACUUGGAUGAUCUCAAGUUGCUUCUUAGUCUAGAACAUCACAGAUUUUGGAGCACAGUUCUAUACCACCCGCAAUGCAUGGACUCGCUGGUGUCCUUCCUACAAGAGGCGAGCCCGCCGUACAUGCCGCCGCACGAAAGCAGAGAUGUACAGAAACUGUAUGGCGAAAUUAGGAGGCUGAUACUGGUUGUGUUUAGCAGGCUUAUUACUAAUAAGGAGAGUAAGUCCCAGUGGAUUAGUAAAGAAUAUAUGGCCGAUCUCAUAUACAACACCUUCGUGUUCACGAUACCCAUACUAUGGGACACGUGCCUGGUGUACGGCGUGGACAAUACUAGGCACGUGUCCAGAGUGCUGGAGAGCGUGUUCACGCUGCAGCCGCGGUACGAGGCCGACGCGGCCGCCGCCGUGGCCUUCGUCAAUGAGGCCUUCAAAUAUAUAAUCCUGCAAGUGAACAAAGACUACGACUCUGUAGACCCGCCGAACCUGCCCAAGACCUUCGAAGGCUUCGGCGAGAUCAAGAGACCUCCCAGCAGCAAGGAACAGGGACCACUCACGUUUAGUAUAUUGAAGGAUUUGGUGAUACACUUACUGGAUAUGGCAAUGACGUUGAGAAUAUUCCUGGAAGCGUACCCUAAGGGAGUUAAGAUAUUUAGGAAGAAUAAUUUUGUAAAUAGUAUAGUGCAACUCUACGAAUAUGGCAUACCGAACUUAUACGAGAAACUUAAAGAAGUGGGAGAUGAAACCAGCGUCGCGUAUACAGAAGUGGAGGGGCACAUAGACACGGCGCGCGCAGAACUCAUUGACAUAUUCAGAGAAAUUUUGGCGGUGUAUAAGAACGCCAUAUUGAAUGGAGAAAGCAGCGUGAGCGCCCACGUGGAAGAGUACUUGGCUGUGAUGAUGGAUGGGCUUUCGGAGCGGCUCUUCAUAAGCGAUUACCAUGCUUGCUACCCUGUCCAUGAGGAUCUGGAGAUGCUGAGGGUGGCGUACCCUGAUAUCGACCCAGUAAAAACGGACUUCAUCCUCCAAGCAAUCUACUCCAACCUCGACGAACCAAUCCCCGAACCCCUCACCAACGGCCACUCUGACCCCUCGCCCGACCCCACUAACCCCCCACCGUCCAUGGACAAUGAAAUUCCCGUAGACAUUAGACAGGAGUCUCUGAUCAGUGAAGUGAGAGAUAUUUUACCGCAUUUGGGCGAUGGGUUCAUUUUGAAAUGUUUAGAGCAUUAUGGUUUUAAUUCGGAGAGGGUUAUUAAUAGUAUAUUGGAGGAUACAUUGGAUGCUUCGUUGAGAGGUUUAGAUCAAUCCCUCCCAAUCAUACCAAAAGACGCACUCGACGAGAAAUUCUUAGAGACCGGCGUGCAGAGACUGAACGUGUUCGACGGCGACCAGUUCGACAUCAUGACUAGAGACGAUGUCGACUUAACUAAAAUACAUGUGGGGAAGAGAAAAGAUAAACAUAAAAAUAUUAAGGAGUUGCUAGAUGAUAAGGGCGAUGUUAGGCAGCGGGUGGAUAUCUAUAGCAAGUACAAUUUGGUAUGCGAUGAGCAAGCGAUGUACAGCGACGAAUACGAUGAUACAUACGAUUCUGAUGGCGUAACGCCCGCUCCAGCAGAUCCCACCGACGAACGGAGACCAUUCGUCACACCAAGAGCAUUGCAGACACGACACGAGCUAGAGAGUUCAUCCGAAGACGAACCAGAACCGACGCCAGCGCCAUCUAGCUACAACGCGCGGAACCGAAUGGACUUCUGCCAAAACCCUGAGGAAAUCCGAGCGAGGCGAGAGGCCAACUACCAGGCCCGGCGAGGCCGCGGCGGCCAUCGGCCUCCACCGCCGUCUAACAAGGACGUGGUGGGCAAGCCCCGCGGGCAGGGGCAGGACAAGGAGGUGUUGGCCAACCGCGACCGCAAGGAGAAGCACAAGGGCACCCGCGGCAACCACGCCAGGAGGCAGGGCGCGCAGUGGAAGCGCUCGCAGGGCAUGAUGCCCUCGUAGCGGGGGAGUUAAGGCUUUCUCUUCUCUGAUACAGGGUACUACACACAGAAAUAAAUAUACCAUAGAAGACGCAAAUGCAUCUACUUCGCGUGUCCGAACCCCGACCGAGCGUCGAGGUUGACCGUCGCUCUUUACAGUCCACACGCGUCAGUUGUUGCAGCCGGACGUCCGUGAAAACUUAAAAAAUGCUUCGUUGCAUGAUAAUUAACUGCAACAGCCCGAAAAUUGCGGGCACCCAAAGGCAAGAACACAUUUCCUACCACAGAUAAGUAAUUUUAAAAUUAUAUUAUGCGUAAAUUUUGUAUGAAAAAGUCGGCACGCUUGGUUUCAAUACAAAUCGUGGUAUUUGCGUCAUUUAGCGUAGAUAUUAAAUCUGUGGUAGUACAGGUCGAUUCACAAGAGCUGGCACGAAUGGAAUAAAUGAGUGAAUGAAACUAUCUAUGUGUGUAUCACAUUAACCAAUAAAAAUAAUGGCUCUGACUGUAUACCGAUACAGGUGUCACUCAUACAAUGAAAGUUUCGUUCAUUCCAUUCGUGCGAGCUUUCCUAAAUCACAUGUAGUUGCAGGAAGUCACUUUCGAAAAAUAUUGCAUUCAGUCAACUAUAUUAUACUGUGUCUAUUAUAUCAUAAGCUACAAAAAACAUUAGAAA